AUUUUUUUCAGAUGAGGUCCGAACUGGUACCUACCGCCAACUAUUCCACCCUGAGCAGUUGAUCACUGGUAAGGAAGAUGCUGCCAACAACUACGCCCGUGGUCAUUACACAAUCGGGAAAGAAAUCGUUGACCUUGUCCUUGAUCGCAUCAGGAAGUUGGCCGAUCAGUGCACUGGUCUCCAGGGAUUCCUCAUCUUCCACUCCUUCGGUGGUGGAACUGGGUCUGGAUUCACCUCAUUGUUGAUGGAGCGUCUUUCCGUCGACUAUGGCAAGAAGUCUAAGCUGGAGUUUGCCGUCUACCCUGCUCCUCAGAUUUCCACCGCUGUUGUUGAGCCAUACAAUUCUAUCCUGACUACCCAUACCACCCUUGAGCACUCCGACUGCGCCUUCAUGGUUGACAACGAGGCUCUCUAUGAUAUCUGCCGUCGUAACUUGGACAUUGAGCGCCCAACAUACACCAACUUGAAUCGUCUGAUUGGACAGAUUGUCAGCUCCAUCACCGCCUCUCUGCGUUUCGAUGGUGCCCUGAACGUCGAUCUGACUGAGUUCCAGACUAACUUGGUACCCUACCCACGUAUCCAUUUCCCACUGGCCUCAUACGCACCAGUCAUCUCUGCCGAAAAGGCCUACCACGAGCAGCUCUCAGUCGCUGAGAUCACCAACGCUUGCUUUGAGCCAGCCAACCAGAUGGUGAAGUGCGAUCCCCGUCACGGAAAGUACAUGGCCUGUUGCAUGUUGUACCGUGGUGAUGUCGUCCCCAAGGAUGUCAACGCUGCCAUUGCUACCAUCAAGACCAAGCGUACCAUCCAGUUCGUUGACUGGUGUCCCACUGGAUUCAAGGUUGGCAUCAACUACCAGCCACCCACCGCUGUCCCCGGAGGUGAUUUGGCCAAGGUCCAACGUGCUGUAUGCAUGUUGAGCAACACCACUGCCAUCGCUGAAGCCUGGGCUCGUCUUGACCACAAGUUCGAUCUCAUGUACGCCAAGCGUGCUUUCGUCCACUGGUACGUCGGAGAAGGUAUGGAGGAGGGAGAGUUCUCGGAGGCUCGUGAGGAUUUGGCUGCCCUGGAGAAGGACUAUGAAGAGGUCGGUGUCGACUCUGUUGAGGGAGAAGGUGAAGAGGAAGAUGAAUAUUAAAGAUUCCAUGAUAUUUAUUGAUCCAUAGUACAUCCAUGUUUUACAAAAUACAAGAUCUCAAUCUUAGUGUACUCCUUAUUUCAACACAGUGCUAUUUUAGUGAACAUUAAUCUACGAAAAGAGACUACUUUAUAUCAGCCCACGGCAGUACUAUGGGUAUCAAUAUAGACUAAGUCGUGUGAAUGACCCAAGAAAAUAUUUUGCUUUGUGCAAUAUACAGUUGCAAUUGAGUUUUAUAUUAUAUUUUGUUGCAAUAUUUUUUAACAAAAAGUGCUAAUACCUGUACUAUAGGUGUCAUAUACUUACCUUUAAAGGUAACAACAUACAUAUUUCAUAAAUUAAUAAAUUACAUUCAAAGUGAAAAGUAUUGGUUAUUAGUGUAUUUAUUUAGGUUAGGUUAUUAAACUGUUAAAUAGAUAAUAUUGCAGAUCUUUUGGAAGAUU